UUUUUCCUUUUUAACCCAUUUUCAAUGAAAAUUAAUGACAGUUCCAAUUUAAGGACCCAAAACGCGUCAACUAGGUACGCGAUUCGGCUUCCAAUUUAAGGACCCAAAACGCGUCAACUAGGUACGCGAUUCGGCUUCCACUUUAAGAGACCUAUUUCGGCUUCAAAACACCACAGUUCGAUACAAGUUUUAAACAUGCUCAGCCAUCAAAUGAAACGAAAUGCACUGGGCUUUCGGCCUUAAUUACAAAACGACACAAAACACAACUCCUGGAGAGUUAACUACCCCAAACACAACUUAACUCUCCACCCUUGCCUAAACGCAGCACCUUCGCAGUUCACCUGGCCCGGACCUGUUUGAAACACACCCACUUUGCACUAUUCCUAUUAGAAAAGCCAUGCACUUCUCUUCCAAAAUGAAAAGUCUUGGUCGACACCUAAGAGGGGGACAUGGGGUAGGUGGGUGGUAAUUCUUUGGAGAUGCGCAACGGACUCUCUCCGCAGUUCCAAAUAGGGACUAAAAGGUCGGCUAAGCGUCCUUUGCCUCCUCCCGGAGAUUUUCCGUUUGCCCAGCUCGCCCUAGAGACCCGGGAGAUAGGGGACAGUCCGCCUCCGGCCCCCGGCCAAGGCCAUCGCAACCGAGCGGCGGAAUUACAAAGGAGGACCGCGGCCGCCUUUGUCCUGCAUCUGGCAUCGGAGCGCCCUCGUCGUCACUGGCUUCUCCUUCCCCCGCCCCCAGCUCCCCCUGUCUCAACCCUGGAGUCUGCGUCAGCAGCCCCUCGCAGCCCCGCCGGCCCCAGCUGGAAGUGAAACGGGCUCCGAGCAGGGCAGGGAGCCCUCAGACAGAGCCAGCGAGGAAAAUGAAGCUCCCAAUCUUCAUAGCAGAUGCGUUCACUGCGACAGCUUUCCGGGGCAAUCCUGCCGCAGUCUGCCUCCUGGAGCGCACAUUGGAUGAAGAUGCUCAUCAGGACAUUGCAAGGGAAAUGAACCUCUCUGAAACCGCUUUUGUCCGCAAACUGCAACCAACUGAUGACUUCACACAAAGUUCCCGUUUUGGGCUGAGGUGGUUUACCCCAGAGGCCGAGUUCCCCUUGUGUGGCCACGCCACGCUGGCUUCUGCAGCUGUGCUGUUUCAAAAAAGAAAGAACACGAACAGCACCCUGACCUUUGUCACAAUGAGCGGGGAGCUAAAGGCCAGAAGAGAAGAAGAUGGGAUCGUCCUGGACUUUCCUGUCUACCCAACCUUCCCCCAGGACUUCCAUGAAGUUGAAGACUUGAUAAAGGCAGCCAUAGGUGACACCCUGGUCCAGGACAUCCGGUACUCUCCAGAUACCAAAAACCUCCUGGUCCGGCUCAGCGAUUCUUAUGACAGGUCCUUUCUAGAGAGCCUGAAGGUGAACACAGAGCCUCUGCCUGCAAUUGAGAAGACAGGGAAGGUGAGAGGCCUCAUCCUCACUGUCAAAGGAGAGCCUGGGGGGCAGACAGCCCUGUAUGACUUCUACUCCAGAUGCUUCGCGCCGUGGGUUGGUGUGGCUGAAGACCCGGUGACAGGGUCCACCCACACUCUUCUUGGCCCCUACUGGUCUGAGGAGCUGGGGAAGAAGGAAAUGCGAGCCUUUCAGUGUUCCCGCCGAGGAGGGGAGCUGGACAUUAACCUGCGACCUGAUGGGCGCGUUGACAUAAAGGGCGGAGCUGUUAUUGUCUUGGAGGGCACGCUGACCGCCUAGAGAUGUUCCUGCUGGGCUUGGGGCCACUGUUCUACAUGGUGUCUUCUCUAGAGCGCAGAACCCAACCCAACUCAACAGCAAAUGCACAGAGCUUGGUUCAGUCGUCGUGUGAACCCAAAAGGGAAGACACCUGAUGGAGGUGCGGUAGUGUCUCCAGAAUCCUUUUCCUGAUGGUGGGCUCUGAGCUCUGCCUGUGUGUGCAUCUUCAGUCCCCACAGCAGAUAGGGAUGCUGCCCCUUCUUUUGAUCAUGACUGCCAAUCAAAGUGAGAGGUGCAUUGAUAAGGAACGAGAAGAAAUUUAGAAUGAUAAAGGCAUUGACACGAAAUGAGAAGAAAUUUAGACAUAUGUGUGGGGGCCUUAUAGAUGAUUUAUUUUCUGAGACAGGAUUUCUCUGUGUAGCUCUGGCUGUCCUCUAACUCACAGACAUCUGCCUGCUUCUGUCUCUAGUGUGUUGGAUUAAAGGCACGUGCCACCAUCAAAUGGUUUCUGAUAGAUUUUACAAAUUGUGUGUGUGUGUGUGUGUGUGUGUAAUUUUAAUUUAAAGACAGGGUCUUACUGUAUAGCCGUGGCUGGGAAGAAACUCUCUAUGUAGACCAAGCUAGCCUCCAACUCGACCCCUGCCUACCUCUGCGUCUCCAGUGCUGGGUUAAUGCUAUGCACCAUCAUGCCCAGAGUCACAAUCAUUGUAAUCGACCCAAUAACUCUGUGGAAAUGCAGGCGCAGUACUAAAGACAGUAGACUGUAAACUGUCCCAGGGGCUUCACUUGGGCUCUGUGGAAUAUUGAUUCACGCGACUGUGGAGACAGCCAGGGGAGACAGUUCAUGUGGAAAGACUCAGAGGAGGCCUAGUGUUUAGGAAACAAAUCCUUUGUAUUUUGAACUCAGCUAGGAGUAACAAUCAGGACAAACCCAGGAGAUUACAACAGUAGGUAUCUGAUUUGGUGAUGUGAUGAUCAAAAUACACGCUAAGGGCGUGUGAGACGAAAUCUUUCCCUCCUGUGUGGCUUAGAAUGGCCAUGUCAUUGUCUUCUCUUGUUUAAUAAAGCGUGAUUUAAUCCA